CUUACUUCCCUUGCAUGUAUUUCUUCUCUAAAGGAAAAAUGGCUCCAAUUGGGGUUUUAAUGGUGGGUAUUCUGUCUAUGGUCUCAAUGGUUCAAGGCUACAAUGGAGGUUGGGUGGAUGCUCAUGCUACCUUCUAUGGAGGUGGUGAUGCUUCUGGCACUAUGGGUGGGGCUUGUGGAUAUGGGAACCUAUACAGUCAAGGGUAUGGUACAAACACAGCAGCACUGAGUACAACACUAUUCAACAAUGGGAGGAGUUGUGGAGCUUGCUUUGAAAUUAAGUGUGCAGGAGAGCCAAAAUGGUGCCAUCCUGGUUCUAUAGUGGUCACUGCUACUAAUUUCUGUCCUCCAAACAAUGCCUUACCAAAUAACGCAGGAGGCUGGUGUAACCCUCCCCUACAACACUUUGAUCUCUCUCAACCUGUUUUUCAGCAAAUCGCUCAAUACAGAGCUGGAAUUGUUCCUGUUCAUUACAGGAGGGUACCUUGUAAGAAGAAAGGAGGAAUCAGAUUCACAGUGAAUGGACACUCAUACUUCAACUUGGUGCUGAUAACAAACGUAGGAGGAGCAGGGGAUGUAACCGCCGUUGCCAUCAAAGGUUCAAAGACUGGAUGGGUACCCAUGUCGAGGAAUUGGGGCCAGAACUGGCAGAGCAACUCAAAUCUUGAUGGGCAAGCUUUAUCUUUCAAGGUAACCACCAGUGAUGGCCGCACAGUCGUCUGCAACAACGCAGUUCCCGCCGGUUGGUCCUUCGGCCAGACAUUUACCGGUGGACAGUUCACAUAGGAAUUUCAUCAAACAGAUGGCACCCACAAAAAAGGGCUCGUAUUAGAGAGGCUCUUUUAUCAUCCUUUUCGUAGUUGUAUUGUAUGUGCUUUAGAAUAGGGUCGUGUGAAGUGUUAUUAUUACCUUUCUCUUCUAUUGUUUUUGGGUGGAGGAGAGAGGUAGAAUGCGGUGGCGCUGGUGGUUAAAAAAAGCACCGGCCAAGCGCUUGCAUCGUCUUUUGCAAAAAAGAAACAGCUUUUUAGCAAUAGCAGGUGAUGAGUGUCAGACACACCGCUUGUUUCGUGUUGUUUGUCUGUGUAGCUCCAUAAUCAAUGAUGUUUACAGUUGCAAUCUA